CCAAGCGACCUUCAACUCCAAAAAAAGGGUACUUAUGCGUUUAUACAAGGGAUUGCAGCCUCCCAAGAUGCGCCAUCUCCAAAAUGUCUUUUCAAACCCCCGGCGGCCCAGCAGCCAAACGCCGACGCGUUGAAGCCGCCAACGCCACGCUCCGGAAACCAUUCCGAUCGCCGCUAAUAAGCCGGCAGCAACAAAACUCAUCUAGAACCUCUCCUUCUACUCCCGGUUUCGAAACUGCUUCUCCUACUACUACUACUACUGCCCCGCGCACCCCAGCUACACCCGCACCCGCAAGGAGCACUGCCAUUUCUGCUGUUGGAGCGGCGGCGGCGGCGGCGGCGGCAUCGCCCUUGUCCCUGUCCUCGUCCCCGGUUGUCAAGGGGGCUAGCGCUGCGAGCGAGGUGGGAGGUGACGGUACUACUACUACGCCUGGUAGGAAUGCAAACACACCCGCCCCGCCCAAGCUUCCAGGUCUAAGGGUAGACAACCCCCUUGGCGCAAGAAGCAGUAGUAGCAGUAGCACCAAACCACCCGGCGAAAACGGAGGCCACGGCGGCGGCGGCGACCUCCUCCAGCGGAUUAACGCCUCACAGCGGGAAAUUGAGGCGCACACCGUUGCGAUGCAGAAGCAACUUGAGAUUGUGCGGCAAGCGGCGCGGAUUGAGAAGAGGGCGUCUGCUUCUUCUUCUUCGUCUUCUUCUCAUUCGCAGGCGAAUGGUCUUCGUGGGGGCAAGUGGAGUAAUAAACGCGAGAUUGAUGGGGAGCUGAGGGAGCUGGUAGAAAAAUGGAAGGGGGCAAGCAGGCUCGCGGCGGAGGAGUUAUUCGGGCUUAUCAAAGGGAGGGUGGAACAGAUGGGCGGAGGGCAGGCGUGGAGGGAGAGCAGGCGGCGGCAGGUGCUGGGUGGGGGGUUUGGGGAUGCGGAUGAGGUUGGGAUUGGACGGGGAGGCAUUGGGAACGGUGAUGAGAAGGUAGAGGAGGGUUGGGAUGAGAAUGGGGAAGUGGGGGGCUCACAGGAAGAAGAAGAGGUGGAGGAAGAAGAGAACGGGGAAGUGGGCUUUACGAUGCUCAUGAUGCUCAGGAGUCUGAACAUUGACCCAGAUGUGCUGGGCUAUGAUCCUGUUGAGGACAAGUGGAGGGAUUGAAGCUAUAUUAGCAUGAGAUGGAGACGGUGAUACUGGCGAUGCAGAUGAGAGCAGCCGGUAUCACUGCUUUACCUAGCGGGGGCGUGACACGGGCCGAUGAGACUAGCAUUUUAGCAACUCAAAGUGAGUAAGAGGUCUCGUGUGGUAUGUGGUAUGUACAGUACAGUACAGAACAAUCAGGGUGCAAUUGCUGCUAGCUAGGCGCUCUGAUAUUGAACUUUAGUGCGUUGAAGGCUACUAAUAAGAGAUGCCAUACAGUAGCAAGCUGCUAGAUUCAACGACUGACGCCAUUCACAGA